GUCAGCAAUUGGUUCAAAAAUCGUCGUCAGAGGGACAGAACUCCAUCAAAUUGUCUUUCUCAUAUUGCGAUUUCUUCGCGGAACCUGUCAACACCAAGCACAGCCAUAGGGAUCAAGGACGCAGACUUGAUUUUCAAACCAACUCUUCUCAACCCCCAGAACAAAGAAGAUGCGAUCUCUCCCGAGCUUUCCCCCUUUUGUUCACAGCCCGAACUCCAUCAUAAUGAAGUGAAUGAAUCCAGUUUCACCUUUUAUGAUAAUGUAGAUAGCACUUUUGAUAAAGUCUGUAGAUACGAUAGUUCAACAAGUGAAUUUCUAUCGUUUAAACAACCUUUGGAUCUUCCACAUUUUUAUCUCAGCUCUGGCUCAUUUGAUGCCAACGGAUCUAGGUGCAGUCCACAAGUCUCGCCGUGGAGCACAUGUCCGGCGUCUUUCACCACCCCAAAUAAGGUCGAUGAAGGUCAUGGAUAUGAACGGAUUUCGUCGACAGAUUCUAUUUCAUCCCAUACCUCAAGAUCUUCCGAUUUGCCGUCACCCUCACGAACGACCUUCCUUCUACCCGGGGCUGCAACUGAACCUCUAUCUGAGGCGACCAUAUUACCUUCAAGAUAUCAUGUUCCAAACGUUUGGGGGUAG